GCAACAGUAGUGGAGUCGUGAAGCUUGUGAUGCGCCGUUGGACCUCCCCGACGCCACGAAUGACCCCUUAGGCGGUCGGCCGUUCUGCCGCCAAACACCGCCAUCGCUGAUAAUCACCGAUAAUCCGAUGCAGAUUUGGACAUGAUGCCACUCGCACAUUCGGUUGGAGGAUUCGUCAAUUGCUCCUGAUUUCCUGACGAACACUGCGAUCAAUACCCCGAUAAGAUGUCUCGUGCUUCCAAAUUGACGCUGGCCGCGACCGGCCUUGGUACGGCGGGGAUCAUCUACUUUGUGCACUGGGCCCAAGAGCAAGAGAAAGUGUCAAUGCACAAGGCAGUCGAGCAGGAUAUGGAGAAACAGCGCAUCCGACGGGAGCGACAGGCCGAGUUUGAGAUGCAAAGGGCGCUGGAAGAGGAGUACCGGAAGCUACAGAAGGUUUCGCCCAGCGUUGACGAGACGAGUGGAGGGCAAACACCUCAAGGGCAAAAAUCGUGAUAUAUGCCGCGGUCUCUGCGAUUCAUGGACUUGUGGUAUGCUCGUGCCUUUGUGACGAAGCUUCGCCUAACGAUACGGCAGGUAUCGUUGUCCGCGUGAGAUGUGAUGGCUAUAUGCUUGUAGAAUAUACCCAAAAUGUACAGUAUAGAUCAAUAUUUUACACCCAGCUCUGUAUACUUAAUCUUUCUUCGAUGUAUUCAAG